AUGCAAGACAAUUUGGAACCGAUAGCCAUGAUCGGAAUGUCCUGUGAAUUAGCCAAUGGGAUUGAUGGACCUGAAUCAUAUUGGAAUGUUCUAAAGAAUUGCAUUGAUGUUGGAAGUGAAAUUCCAAAAGAACGUUUCGACGUGGAUUCCUAUGCUUCGAUGUUCAAUUUCAAUAAACCUUUCAUUCGUCGUGGUUAUUUUCUUAAUAAUGAUCAAUUGGACAAUUUCGAUCCAUCGUUUUUCGGUAUAACAGAUGGUGAAGCAAUGCUCAUGGACCCAUGUCAUCGUCUCUUACUCAAAAAAUUUUUCCACCUAAUAGAAGAUGCCAAUUAUACAUUCGAUCAAAUUCGAGGUAGUAGAACAGCUGUUUACAUUGGUCAAUUUACAAAUGAUCAUGCAAUAACAAUUAAUCGAACGAAAAUGGAAGAUCACACUAUAAUGGGACCGAAUAUAUCGCUCUUCAAUGCUUCCAGUAGACUUUCUUAUUUUUAUGAUCUUCUUGGUCCAAAUUUAACUUUGGAUACAGCUUGUUCAUCGUCACUUCAAGCCAUUCAUCUUGCUGUUCAAAGUUUACGCAAUGGUGAAGUAGAUUUAGCCGUAGCUGGUGCAACAAAUCUGAAUUACGCACCUGAAACAUUUUUCACGGCAUCAUUCAUUGGUGCGAUUUCACCUGAUGGUCGAUCACGUUCUUAUAGUGAAGAUGCAAAUGGUUAUGCAAAAGGUGAAGGAGUUGGUUUGAUCCUUCUCAAACGAUUGAGCGACGCUAUACGAGACAAAGAUAAAAUUUACUGUGUCAUUCGUGAUGUAAUGGCGUCUCAUGAUGGAAAUCAAGAGAAAACUGGCUACAGUGUUCCAUCAAGUCGUGGGCAAAUGAUGCUUCUCAAUGAUAUUUAUACGCGUAACAAUAUUGACCUGAAAAAUAUAUUUUAUAUUGAAGGUCACGGUACCGGAACACAAGUUGGAGAUCCA